AAGAAGACCCUCACCAAUUUCUUUCACAAUUUAAUUAACAGUCAAUUCCACCUUUUUCUCCCCACUCGGUGGUCUCCAUUUUUUCGCGAGAAUCUCCGAAGAAAACGGAAAAGCGCAGGGGCAAACUCGAAAAUUCACCCAACAACUCAGGGCAAUUUUCCUGGCCCCUUCACUUUUAUUAUUUCCUUUCCCUUUCGCCCCCAUUUUCUUUUGCUUUCUUUAUUUUUUCACUUCCUUUUCUCACUAUCAGCUACAGAGCCACCACACCACACUGAAUUUUUUUAUGCCUUUUUUUUCAAUCUCCACAUUCUCUCUCUCUAGCACUUGCUUUCUCUCUCUUCUCCGACUUCGCAAUCAGAUCACAGCUUCCUUUGAGAUUCUGUCAUUCCGAUUUUCUGGAGCUUUCUCGGCUGAGUUUAAUCGCCAGAAUCAUCGCAGUGCUCCGUUCUUCGCUCGAUCGUGUAAUUUCUCUUCGACCUAGAAGCUUCAUCCGGUUCCGAUCGUCGCCGGAGUUGCGCAGUGAUCAGCCACUGGAGUUUUAGAUGUUGUGAUGCUUCCGGUGACGACGUUGUAGUAAUUGUGCCCGUUGGAGGUUGAUUAUGAUGGUGGAGGUUUCGAAUUUGAGCUCGCGUGAGAAGUUGGAGGCGUUGGCGCGUGAGAAUUCGGGGUUUAGUGAGGGUUUGGGAGGGUUCUUCGGUGAAUGGAAGGGUUCGGGCACGAGAACGGGUAAGUUAGUGUGAGUUUGGUGUUGAGUUUGGGGAGUAGUUUCUUCUGAGCGGUGAAUUUUUUGUUUCGAGUGAUGUCACGGACUGAUACGAUGACGACGACUUCGGAUCUUAAUAGAACUGGUCCCGUGGAAAGAGACAUUGAACAGGCUAUUACUGCUUUAAAAAAGGGGGCUUACUUGCUCAAGUAUGGAAGAAGAGGGAAGCCCAAGUUUUGUCCUUUUCGACUUUCCAAUGAUGAAUCUGUUUUGAUAUGGUUCUCUGGGAAAGAAGAGAAGCGCCUUAAACUGACUAAUGUUUCUAGGAUUAUAUCUGGACAACGCACACCAAUCUUUCAAAGAUAUCCACGGCCUGAGAAGGAAUACCAGUCGUUUUCUCUCAUUUACAAUGAUAGAUCGUUAGACUUGAUUUGUAAGGAUAAAGAUGAAGCUGAGGUUUGGUUCAGUGGAUUGAAAGCUUUAAUUUCACGCAGUCAUCACCGGAAGUGGAAACCUGAGCCAAGAAGUGAUGGUAUUCCAUCUGAAACUAAUAGUCCUCGAACAUACACUAGAAGAAGUUCUCCAUUGAAUUCUCCAUUUGGUAGUAGUGAAAGCUUGCCAAAGGACAGUGGGGAUCAUCUUCGGCUUCAUAGCCCAUAUGAAAGCCCCCCAAAGAAUGGUUUGGAUAAAGCAUUUUCUGAUGUGAUUUAUUAUCCUAUUCCUCCAAUGGGUUUCUUCCCUCCAGAUUCUGUGAGUGGUUCACUCCACUCCGUGUCAUCCGGAGGAUCAGAUAGCAUGCAUGGUCAAAUGAAGACAAUGCCUGUGGAUGCUUUUAGAGUUAGUCUAUCAAGUGCAGUUAGCUCAUCUAGCCAAGGUUCUGGUCAUGAUGAUGGUGAUGCCUUGGGGGAUGUUUUCAUUUGGGGGGAAGGCACAGGUGAUGCUGUACUAGGUGGUGGGUCUCACCAAGUUGGGAGUGAUUUUGGUGUGAAAAUGGAUUCUCUGUUGCCGAAAGCCUUGGAAUCUGCAGUAGUUCUUGAUGUACAGAAUAUUGCCUGUGGUGGGAAACAUGCGGCCUUAGUUACCAAACAAGGUGAAAUUUUUUCCUGGGGAGAAGAAUCAGGAGGAAGGCUUGGGCAUGGAGUUGAUUCGGAUGUUCCUCAUCCAAAGCUUAUUGAAUCUCUAAGUAAUACAAAUAUUGAACUUGUAGCUUGUGGAGAGUAUCAUACAUGUGCUGUGACACUUUCUGGUGAUCUUUAUACAUGGGGUGAUGGUACUUCCAAUUAUGGUCUUCUAGGGCACGGAAAUCAGGUGAGCCACUGGGUCCCAAAAAGGGUAAAUGGCCAUUUGGAGGGAAUACAUGUUUCAUCUAUUUCUUGUGGUCCAUGGCACACUGCUGUUGUAACCUCUGCUGGGCAAUUAUUUACUUUUGGUGAUGGGACAUUUGGUGUUCUGGGUCAUGGAGACAGAAAAAGUGUUUCCUUGCCUAGAGAAAUAGAGUCCUUGAAGGGUCUUCGUACUGUUCAGGCUGCUUGUGGUGUUUGGCAUACUGCCGCUGUUGUGGAGGUCAUGGUUGGAAAUUCAAGUUCCAGCAACUGCUCUUCAGGGAAGCUGUUUACUUGGGGUGAUGGAGACAAAGGUCGACUUGGGCAUGGUGACAAGGAAUCAAAACUUGUUCCAACCUGUGUUGUAGCUCUUGUUGAACCUAAUUUUUGUCAAGUGUCAUGUGGUCAUAGUAUGACUGUUGCACUUUCUCGAUCAGGCCAUGUCUAUACAAUGGGCAGUUGUGUCUAUGGCCAGUUAGGAAAUACUCAAGCAGAUGGGAAGCUACCAACCCGUGUAGAAGGAAAGCUGUCAAAGAGUUUUGUGGAAGACAUAGCUUGUGGUGCAUAUCAUGUAGCGGUUCUAACUUCAAGGACUGAGGUUUUCACGUGGGGGAAAGGUGCUAAUGGUCGUUUAGGCCAUGGGGAUACUAAUGACAGAAGCACCCCAACAUUGGUAGAAGCUCUGAAAGACAAGCAAGUAAAAAGUAUUGCUUGUGGUACAAAUUUCACGGCAGUCAUAUGCCUGCAUAAGUGGGUAUGUGGUGUUGACCAGUCUAUGUGUUCAGGCUGCCGCCUGCCAUUCAAUUUCAAAAGGAAACGCCACAAUUGUUAUAACUGUGGACUUGUUUUUUGUCAUUCAUGCAGUAGUAAGAAAUCUGUCAAGGCUUCAAUGGCACCAAACCCCAACAAACCUUAUCGUGUCUGUGAUAAUUGUUUUAAUAAAAUAAGAAAAACAACCGAAACUGAUUCUUCAUCUCAGUCCUCUAUGAGCAGAAGAGGAAGUGUUAAUCAGGGUUCACUUGAGUUUAUUGGUAAGGAUGACAAAUUGGAUUCCAGAUCUCAUAAUCAACUUGCUAGGUUUUCUUCAAUAGAAUCCUUGAAACAAGUGGACAGCAGAUCUUCGAAGAAAAACAAAAAGUUGGAAUUUAACAGUAGCCGUGUCUCACCUGCUCCAAAUAGUGGUUCACAGUGGGGAGCAAUGAAUAUUUCAAAAUCUUUUAAUCCUGUUUUUGGAUCAUCGAAGAAGUUUUUUUCAGCUUCUGUUCCUGGAUCUAGGAUUGUUUCCCGGGCAACAUCCCCAAUAUCUAGACGGCCUAGUCCACCACGUUCAACUACUCCAACCCCAACAGUAGGGGGACUUUCAUCCCCAAAGAUAGUUGUGGAUGAUGCUAAGAGAAUCAAUGAUAACCUCAGUCAGGAGGUUAUUAAAUUAAGAUCGCAGGUGGAAAACCUGACUCGAAAAGCCCAGCUUCAAGAAGUGGAGUUGGAAAGAACAACUAAACAGUUGAAAGAAGCAAUAGCAAUUGCAAGUGAAGAAACUGCCAAAUGCAAAGCAGCAAAGGAAGUGAUCAAGUCACUUACUGCCCAGUUGAAGGACAUGGCCGAGAGGUUGCCUGUAGGAGUGUCUAGGACUGUCAGAUCACCACCCUCUCUUGCUUCCUUUGGCCCAAUUCCUGGUUUCAAUGACCUUAACAAUGCUUCCUUUGAUCGAUUGAAUAUUCAAGCAACAAGCCCAGAAUCAGACUCAACUGGAUCCAAUAACCAGUUACUUUCAAAUGGAUCAAGCACCAUCAUCAACAGGAGUGCAGGUCACAUAAAACAUAGUCAGUCAGAUGCUACUAGCACAGGUCACAACAAACAUGGUCAAUUAGAUGCAGGUAGUAGAAAUGGAAGCAAAACAAAGGAUAAUGAGACUGAAUGGGUUGAGCAAGAUGAACCUGGUGUAUAUAUUACUCUCACCUCCCUACCAGGAGGUGUAAUAGAUCUUAAAAGAGUUCGCUUCAGUCGGAAACGGUUUAGUGAGAAACAAGCAGAACAAUGGUGGGCCGAGAAUCGUGGAAGAGUGUAUGAGCAGUACAAUGUGCGCACGAUUGACAAAUCGACAAUAGGUGUUGGGAGUGAGGACCUGCCUCAUUCAUGAUAAAGCAAGAAUACGCCAUUAAUUACAUACAUCUGGCUGCGAUCCAAUAUAAAGCAUCAUUAGGAGAAGUAGGGAUUUGAUUGUGGUUUUGAAAUUCCACGUCUUUAACUUUUUUCUUUUCUAAUUUGAUUACACUUUCCAUUUUUUUCCCGUAUAUGUAGCUUAUCAGGGGGUUGAGGGAGAAAUGUAAAUUCGUAGUAGCUUGUUGGCUCUUGUUUAUAGUAGCUGCGAUGUAAAUUUCAUAAAUUUUUCUUACACCGGUUAUACCUUCAGCCGUGGGAUAUAGAUCGCUUUAACUAGUUGAUUUAUAUAGCCUCUGCCAAAUGCUCUCUUUUUCCCA